AUGAACUGGCGUCAAGAUCCUAGAAUUCAAAGACUGCUGGAAAAGGCGUCUCUGGAAAGCCUUUUUAAAUGUUAUUUUCAACGUGUUUAUGGAACGGAAGAAAUAAAGGAGGUGGAAAAUGGAUUAAGAAACGCUUUGGUCAACUACGAUAAGAAAGAUUUGUUAUACGAGGUUGGUUUAUACAUUUAUAACAAUGUUAUUGUUACAAUUUUUUAGAAUCUUCUCGUGAAUGAUGAGAAUGCAGCUGAGCUUCUUGUCAAUGAGUGUCUUGAUAAAAACUGUGACGUAAGUGAGGUUUAUAACAAUUAAAUCAGUAUUUUAGCAACUUUAUUAUAUAUUUUUUCAGAAAACGUAUCGUUGUGGACAGAACCAUUCUCCGGAUACUCUUCUGAUUCUCGCAAAGCUAUUCAUUAAAAUACACGAUCAUCGACUAGCUUGUGAGAUCAUCUGGUGCAGUGCAUUGCUUGCAUUACAAGGUAUUUUAAAUUUAUAUAAAAUAUUUAUGCAAUGUAUUCGUUUUAAGAGUUUAUCUCGGAUCGGCAGCUGAAGGUUUCGCUCUACUCGCAUAAAGGAAAGAGACGCUUCGCGUCGGCGCUCUCGCGUGAUAUCGGACGUCGUUUUUCCGUGUUCGAAGUGUAAGUGUACGAAUUGUGGUCCAUUUUUCUGUGUUUUAUUUGUUUCAGGUGCCACUCCUCAUUCUACACAAAUAAUCAUAGCGCUCUCGACGUGAAGGAUGCAUUCGAAGAGGCGAAAGAAUUUAUCCAAAAGCUUCAGGAGUCGAAAAUAACUGAUGAAUUGAAGAAGGAAUUGGAGAAGAAAAACUUCAAUAUUUAG